AUGGAGUCGAAGCAUUCGUCAGGUUAUCGUUUCGUGCCGACAGAUGAAGAACUCAUCUUUCACUACUUACUAAAGAAGAUCAACAAUCAUCCUUUACCAGCCGACGUUAUUCAAGUCGUCAACUUUUCCGAUCACGGUCCCGAUAUUUUGACACGCGAAUAUCCUCCAGUUGGAGACAAGGAAUGGUACUUUUUCACACCGAGGAUUCGAAAUUCUAAUAAACGGCGGGCGAAUCUCCUAGAAAAUCAACAAGAAGAAGAAGAACAAGUUGCGGUACGAGAAAAUCGAGGAGAGGAAGAAGAAGUUGUUGCGUCAGGAGUUUCUGAAGUUGUUGAAGCACAUGAUAAUUUGAAUGAUCAAUAUUAUUAUGGGAUUAAUAAUAAUAUUAAUGCGGCAGCAAAUUCAAACUUAAACGCAAACGCAAUGGAUAAUUGUAAGGACUACAAGGAAUAA